UGAACUCUUGUGUUUUAGUUUAUCAGCUGCCUCCUGGUGCGCCACAGAGUUCAUCCAACAUGGGUGAUCUGGUGGGACUGGACAACCUGGUGGCCAACACAGCCUACCUGAGGGCUCAGCAGAUAGACCGCGAUGCGUUGAGGAAGCAGAGGCACAGCCUGACGCUGCCCAAGCUGAAGAAGUCCUCUGCUCUGCAGGCGGCUGUUGGGCAGAAGUACGAGUCACUGUGUGAGCAACAGCCCAUUGGGAGGAAGUUGUUCCAGCAGUUUCUUCUGUCCUCUGACCCGCAGUGCCAGGCCGCUGCUGAGUUCUUGGAGGAGCUGAGUCACUGGAUCUUUGCUGAAGAUGAAGCCAGAGAGAAAGCCAAACAGAGCAUCCUCGCUACAUUCUGUCACCCUGAGUCCAGGAGGUUUCUCUCCUACCUUACAGGAGAGGAUGCUGAGAGAUGCAAACAUUUAUCAGAUGAGAACUUCAAUGAGGUGGUGAUGGACCAGAUAAGAGAAGCCACAAGGAACUUUCUGAGGGGAAAACCUUUUUCUGAGUACCUGAAAAGCCCCUUCUUUUAUAGGUUCUUGCAGUGGAAGGAGUACGAGAAGCAGAAGAUCAAUGACAAAUACUUUUAUGAGUUUAGGACUUUGGGUAAAGGUGGCUUUGGUGAGGUGUGUGCAGUGCAGGUGAAACACACAGGCCAAAUGUACGCCUGCAAAAAGCUGGAUAAGAGGUGUCUGAAGAAGAAAAGCGGCGAGAGGCUGGCCCUUCUGGAGAAGCAGAUCCUUGAGAAGGUCAACAGCCUCUUCAUCGUAAACCUGGCUUACGCCUACGACAACACAACCCACCUGUGCCUGGUCAUGGACCUCAUGAAUGGAGGAGACCUCAGGUUUCAUAUCUACAAGCUCGGGGAGCGUGGUAUCUGCAUGGAGCGUGUUGUUUACUACACGGCCCAGAUAACCACCGGGAUCCUCCACCUGCACUCUAUGGACAUUGUGUACCGGGAUAUGAAGCCUGAGAACGUGCUGCUGGAUGGUAAAGGACAGUGUCGCCUGUCAGACCUCGGAUUGGCCGUGGAGCUGCCAAAGGGCAAAAUGGUCUGCCAGAAGGCCGGUACAACCGGCUACAUGGCCCCUGAGAUUCUGAGGCAGGAGUAUUACCGCACGUCUGUGGACUGGUGGGCUCUGGGCUGCAGCAUCUAUGAGAUGGUGGCGGCCCGUUUGCCUUUUAAAGACUUCAGAGAAAAGGUUCAGAACGAUGAGGUGACUCGCCGAACUCUGGAGGACGAGUGCAAGUUUGAACACAAACGCUUUGAUGCCCCCACCAAAGAUAUUAUCAGCCGCUUUCUCAAGAGGAAAGUGGAGCAUCGCCUAGGGAACAGGCCCAGGAGUGGUGACCCACGAAGCCACAUGUUUUUCAAGAACAUUAAUUUCCACCGUCUGGAGGCGGGGCUGUUGGAUCCUCCCUGGAUGCCAAAGUCGAAUGUGGUCUACGCCAAGGACACGGAUGAGUUCACAGACACCUCUGAAGUCCAUGACGUUGAGCUCAAUGCCAAGGAUGAGAAGUUUUUCAAGGAGUUCAGCACGGGUGCAGUGUCCAUCCGGUGGCAGCAGGAGAUGAUCGACAGCGGAGUGUUUGACGAGCUGAACAACCCCAAACUGAACGGACAUGACUGUGAGGACGUGUGGAGGUCCAGGAUGUGUGUCAUCCUGUAGAUGCCUCAUCACCUGACUAACAGGCAGAGAUGGAACAACAGCCCCUUUGAAUGCCUCGAAGUGCCUGAUUCUAGUACUGUACUUAUCACCCCAGGAGCCUUAAAACAUGUCUGUGUAGGUCAUCCAGGUCAUGGUAGUCUUAAGCGCUAGAGUUGAAGGCGACUGGUCUUCUUUUAGGUUUGUUGAAGACGUCUGCAAGGUUUAUCUAGAUAAUAUUGUGCUGCUGCAGCCAAACACGAUGGGACAUGUGUUGUCUCAGUGGUAAAACAAAACCAGUUUGUGUUGUCAGUAUUGCACCCGGAUGGAAACACACACUGACAUUGUGCUGCAACCCCUGCUUUAUACUUUACCCCCUCUAUUCCUGGUGAGACAGCAGAUCCCAGUGCAUUCAUAGUUUCCAUUACAUCACUCAGCCAUCUUGACAGGCCUAAGUGUUUACAUGUGUUUGUAAACAAGCUACAUAAUGGCUGUGUGUCACUGAAUAGCAGCAGGAUUACUGUUGGUAUUUGCAUUAAUGUGCCACAUUUGUUAGAAAGACUCAAAGUGUUGCAGAAAUGCCACGCAUGCCUUUUACUCACAUGAGUAGGCAGUGUCAUGCGACCUCAGUGCUGCAGAGCUGAUGAUCAUGAAGUCUCUUCAGUAGCACACGUUCACCACUAAGUGCCGCCAGACACCCAUGAAGUGCAUUCAACCUCCCGCAGCGCUGCUCAUCAUCCCCGUUGUCUUGGCUGUGCUGCUCCGGUAUUUACGAGCACUGGAUGACUCAUUCAGCGUUAACAAGGGGAUGCAGGGAGACAAACUGUCGUGUACACAACAUUUUUCCACUUAAAAAACAAAACAUGUUAACAUAGGAAUUUUUGGCAUUAACAAGGCAAUGCCAACUACCUUUAUUACCCCCCACCCCCAAAAUCACCCUGUGUUUACAAACUAUAACACAACCUAAGUAAGUGAUGUUAACUACUUAGAACAUAGUAACAACAAACUGCAUAGCUUGUUUGUGAGAAUCUAUCUAUUCUGUCUUCACACAGCCUUCAUUCUUGUGUCCAUGCACAGUUUUGAUUUCUGUUCCUGCUGUGUAAAAGGCUCAGGGAGUGGGGGAUCCGAGUCCUACUGUUGAUAAAAAGUACUGUGUAAUUUUAGAUGUUUCAUUACUUGAUGGGUGACACUGUCUACUUUAACUUUAACUUGAGAAACUAAAGAGAUUUUUAAUAUUUCUUUAGAUGUUUUUGCCUUUACUAGGAGGGAUCACAUUCAAAGGGCCUUGGCUGGAUUUGAACUAAAGAUGUUGCAUUUACAUGGUCAGAAUCUUAGACCUCUUGAAUGUUCCAUGUGUCUUUUUUCUGACUUUUCUUUUUUUAAUUGUCUUUUACUUUGUUUACAGGUCUUAA